AUGAAGUCCAUUUGGUUGCAGCUAUUGUGUGCCAGUCUCGUGCACUCAGUGCAAUUAAGCCACCAUGCACAGACCCUCUUCGACGAGUCAAUGACGCUGCAGGACGCCAUCUACGAUCCGUCGGCCUCGUACUUGCGUUACUUUUACUUUCCACUCGCUGCUGGUCCGCACGAGACCCGGUCGUCCAUCUGGUACUCGGUGGGAUUGCUGCAGCGCAACCUCGACAACGACGCCGAUGAGGCUGUAAAGAUACUCAAGAAUGUCAUUGGCGAUCAGGAAAAGAAUAAAUCAGCCCAGUGGUACGGCGACUAUACCAAGUAUCCUGAGGAACCAACAGUGGGCAGUCCGGCGUACCCUGCAGAGAUAUACGGUUCCUGGGAUCCCAACUGGCGGGGCUUUAUUGGUACUGCCUUGAUAAUUAUUUAUGAGGAGUUCCGGAGGCUCUUGCCUGUAGACCUGCAGGACUUGAUACUCGAAAGCCUGCAUAAUAAUACAAUAGGUGACAGCUACCGUGUCGGAGGAGUCGAUGGUGACAACCUCUAUCCAGGGUAUUCCAAUGCCUGGUUAAUGAGAACUGUGGUCGGCUCAUGGACCGGGAGGAAAUUGAACGAUGCCAACAUGACUGCUGCUGGAGAGGCAGAUGCAGUCGACUUCCUGGAUCUGUUUGACCGUAACCACACCCUCUCUGAGUUCAACGGCCCAACUUAUGCCGGAGUAUCCAUAUCCGCGCUCACAAUCGCGGCGAAAUAUCUGGGAUCUACGAACUCGACCAUCGGACGGAAUGCAGCCCGCGUUAUUCGGCAGAUAUGGGAAUACGAGUCUCAGCUCUGGAACCCGAGCAUGCGGAACGUCGCUGGUCCGUGGGAUCGCACGUACGGCUACGAUAUGAACCAUUAUGUGUCAAUCUUGUCAAUCUGGAUGUGGACGCUCAUCGGAAAGGAGAACGUGUGGACGAAUACAUCUCCGAUCUGGACUAUGACCCAUGCUGAUGACUUUGAGGUUGCGCCAGUAAUCGCUGUAUUGUCCGAUUUCCACAAAACGCUCAUUCCAGACAAGAUACUUUCGAAGCUCAGCUCAUUUGCUGGAGAUCAUAUGUAUACAGGACAUGCUUACGCGCCUCCAGCGGACCUUGAACCGCGCAAUAUCACCACGUGGGUGUCAUCGAAUAUCUCCAUCGGCACACAGUCUUUCAAUCAGAGUGUCAUCGGGGGAUUUUCUGAGGACUCAAGCUCGUUCAGUCCGGCCGUUGUUCAAUGGACACGAUCUGACGAGUCCGUCGGAUACUUGAGCUUGUAUCCCACCGAGACUGCAUUGAAAGCUGAUGUAGCUCCGUACGCUCUUAACCUCAGCUACCCGCUUGGAAACUCUUCGAGUACAUUUACGUUUGCGCUCGCGGCCAACCCGCUGGGGAAAGGCCGAGAUAUCACUGGCUUCGACGAUGUGGAUGGCGUCAAGAUCGAGGUUGUUGGUGGCACUGUCGACCCGACUCCCCGGAUAUCGUUCUGCGGCUUAUUGGGGGGUGCCUGCGAGCCUAUUCAUAACUUUGAAUUCUGGAAUAUUACAUUUGUUAUGCCGCCGGGUAGCUCUGAGGUCCCCGAAGUCCAGUUCAGAUUUGAGCAAUAG